CCUCUGUCUCUGUGCUUGUUUAUAAAAUGAUCGAGCUUCUGAGACAUUUCAACCAGGAGCUGCUUUCCUGAAUGAAGAUGAAGCUUUUCGCGCUUGCCUCCCUGCUGGUGAUUUUGGCUUUCCAGGCCGAAGCUUCCACAUGUCCUAAUGGCCUCGAGGUGUGGCUGAUAAACGGCCAUGGUAUGACAGGGGAUGGACUUUUUAGCCCAGAUCCCUAUGUUGUGCUGAAAGUUGGCUCUGACAGCAGAAGAAGCAAAACCAUUAGACACACUCGCAACCCAAGUUGGUGGGAGAAGUUUAUGUUCAACCGUGUCAACAGCCAAAUGUUAGUCAUCGAGGUCUGGGACAAGGACGGUGGAAUUCGUGGUGCUGAUGACAAGAUCGGAACCUGCAUGCACAUUAUUAUGCCUGGAACGCUAACUUAUCAACCUAUAGAGUGCAGAACCAAUUACAAUGGUUAUGUUAAGCUCUUUUACAAGUGCCCGUAAUGUAACCUGCUCUUGAAAGAAGAAAGAGUACAAUAUAAAGACAGAAGAAAUAUUUGUUCUCUUUCAAAUAUUGGUAUAAAAAACAACUUCUUUGUCUGCUUGUGUCAAAAUUGACUUUUACUUAGACCCCA